AUGCUGCGUAUCCAUGUUGAUGAGUUAGCUUGCCGCGGAAGUCUGCAGAUAUCAUGUGUCGAAACUCUGAAAACCAUAGAUCCAUCUCAUCUGGAGCACGGGACCCGGAAUACCGGAAGACGGAAUGGCAUUGCCAAUCGCAAGUCAUCUGGUCAGAAUAUUCCGAAAGUUACUGAUCGCCCGAGGCGUAAUAAUUACCACCCUUGGCACGACUCAGAAUUGGCUCUGAAUUCAAUACGCGCUAACUCGAUGGUGAUGACGGUUGGAGAUCAAAGGCUUGGACCCUUGUCAAGGCCCAUGGAUGAUGCCCUGACCGGAACUUUGAAGGGGAAAAGGCUGAUGAGAUAG